AUGAGUGAGCUCACCGCCCAAGUCAACACGACCGCGAAUGGCUUCGCUGUUACUGGACACGAAGAGAUCAACUACGGUUUUCAGUUCGUUGACAACAUCUUCGAUCCCAAGCAUGAACACCUCGCCACGAUCUACAAGCCUUGGAAACGUGUUCUGCUUGUCACGGACACCAACGUCAACGGGCUCUACUCCGAGAAAUGGAAUGUCUACUUUGCUCAUCAUGGUAUCCCCCUCACGACGUUCAUCAUGAACGGAGGCGAGAAGAACAAGACCAUGGAUACCAUGCUUUCUAUCGUCGAUGCGAUGACUAGCUUCGGUAUCAUCCGUAAGGAGCCUGUUCUCGUCGUAGGCGGAGGUCUUUGCACCGAUGUCACCGGCUAUGCAUGUGCUUCGUACCGUCGCACUACGAACUUCAUUCGCGUUCCCACCACGCUGAUUGGGUUGAUCGACGCGUCUGUCUCUAUCAAAGUUGGUAUCAACCACGGCGCUCUGAAGAAUCGUCUCGGCGCAUACCAUGCGCCUCUUAUAACAUUCCUCGACUUCAGUAUGCUUAAGACUUUGCCAGAGGGGCAAGUUCGCAACGGCUUCGCUGAGCUGAUGAAGAUCUCGUCUUGCGCCGAUGAGCGCUCGUGGAAGUUGCUCGUUGAACAUGGUCCGGCUUUGAUCAAGACUCGCUUCGGCCGCGUCGAUGGUUGUGACCCAGACCUCAAGAAAGUCGCGGACGAGAUUACUUACCGCGGUAUCAAGGUCAUGCUUGACCUUGAGACGCCCAACCUGCACGAGAUCCGUCUCGACCGCGUCAUUGCGUUUGGCCACAGCCUUUCCCCAACGCUAGAACUCUCUCCGGUUGUUCCUCUUCGCCAUGGCCACGCCAUCAACAUCGAUAUGGCCUUCUUCGUCACCUUUGGCUGGACCCGUGGUUACCUUACAGAGCAGGAGCGCGACGAGUACCACGGUCUCGCACACUCCGUCGGUCUGUCGAUGGAUCAUGAGCUGUUCACGCGCGAGAUGAUCGUGAAGGCAACCGAGGCUAUCUUGCAGACACGCAAUGGCAAACAGCGUUUCGCCAUUCCCAGGCCGUACGGCCAGUGCGUAUUCGUCAAUGACGCCACCUACGAGGAGCUCUACAAGGCGCUCGAUGUCCAUAAGGCGCUCAUCAAGGAGAAGUACGGCUCAGGUGACGGCGUCGAGGCCUUCGUCGAUUACGGCGACCUUGGUAUGGACCCGAAGGUACUCCUCAAGCAGAACGCCGCGAAGAUGAGCGGCAUCAACGGUCAUGUUAGCGGCUCUCAGGUCCCCAAGAUCUCCGACAUCGAGCUGGACAAGGCGCCCGUCGCGGCAAAGACCGCGACCGUCUACACUUGA